AAACGUGCUUAUAGACAACUGCCAUAACUACGCUUGGCCUAUGGAUAAUAUCGUGCUUUCGAAUGCUGUUGAAGAUGACGAAUUCCCCUCUUUACCGGUUACUCCGUGCAAACCUCCACCCUCCAAAAAAACCAACAUGAACUCUCACAUCGUGGCUACCCUCUCCUUACUCAUCAACUCCAGGUGUGACGCCAUUGAGAAAAUGGUAGGCCCGAACACCAUGGUUAUUGAAGGCUUGAAAAAAACUGUGGAGUUUGCAUGUGGUGAAAUCAAGGAUGUGAAAACGAGUGACAAAAGUUGAAAAAAGUGUGGAAAAGGUGGAAAAGAAUAACAAUGUCUACCAUAGACGUCUCACUGAUCUGGAACAAUAGACAAGAAGAUGGAACCUGAGACUCUACGGCUUGCCAGAGGUGGAGAAUGAAGAUGUGCGAGGAGAGGCUAUCCACAUCUGCAAAGAAGUUAUCCCUGCAGAGAAGAACAAAGUUGGUGAUACCAUCGACGUUGUGCAUCGCCUCGACAAGUUGCAACAGGGGUAUUCAAGACCAAGGGGUAUCAUCAUCCUCUUCACUGCCAGAUUGUACAGGGAUGCUGUCUGGAAAGCUUCUAGGAAGAACGCCUUCCUUCAGCGCCAUGGUAUGCGUUUCACCGAGCAUCUCAGCCCGGAGGACAUAGAAAGAAGGAAGAAGUUGUGGCCAACAAUCAAGAUAGCACGAAAUGAGGGAAAAACUGCUUACUUCGUCAGCGGUUCAGAAAUCCAUAUUCCUCCCUAAAAUCUCACCAGAAGGAACAGCUGAUCGUUGCAAAGAAGUGCAUCAAAUCCGUGACCAGCACCCCAACAAAAUCCCAGUAAUCAUUGAGCGUUAUAAGGGAGAGAAGCAGCUGCCUGUGUUGGACAAGACAAAGUUUCUUGUCCCUGACCAUGUCAACAUGAGCGAGUUAGUGAAGAUAAUCAGGCGCCGGCUGCAGCUCAACCCCACGCAGGCCUUCUUCCUCCUUGUCAACCAGCACAGCAUGGUGAGCGUCUCCACGCCCAUCUCCGAGAUCUACGAGCAGGAGCACGACGAGGACGGGUUUCUCUACAUGGUUUACGCCUCUCAGGAGACCUUUGGAUACUAAGGGAGUGAGGGAAGUCUGGUCAAAGAGAUCGGUGAGAUAGGAGGCACAGGGGUACAGAGAGAGGCGAGGUAGCGUUAGGUCAAACCCAGCUGUGUGUGUUUCUAUUUUGCCCCCCCGGAUGAUUGAGUUCCCUUAAGGAUAAUUAAACAGACACCACCAUGUCUUUUCAUGACACUAGUAGGUAAACAGGAACGCUAUGUGCAACUACCCCCCCCCCCCUUAUUCGUUGGAAGUACAUUUCUAUUAGUCUUUUUUUUCUUUAGUCAUAGGCUAGUGUUUUUGGCCCAUUGGUUUUGAUUUUAUAGUUCAUUAUUUUAUCUCCAACUGGGACCUGAUUUUUCAGAUCGAGUAGAACACUGUUAGUGGGGUUUUUUUUUGUUAGGUUUUGUCACACCUUUUUUACUUACGUGGUCAUAGGUGCUAUUGCCUAAACCAAUGGUUAUUAAUCUUGUCUUGAGUUUCCCCAAUAGUGACACAGCUUACUUUUCUGGCACAAGUCUGCCAAAAGUGCAAGUGAAUUAACUACACAACAAGACAUGCAAUUGCUCUACCAUAGGCUAAGCCAUCAAUAUCCCUGUACCUAAAUCUGCUAGAGCAUUGGGUAUUUUAGGUUGUUCUCCCCUCUCCUUCCAUUUAAGUACUGUUUAAUAAUCAAUCAGAUUAAUCAAAUUGGUUUGUCUGUCACCUUUAGCGGUUGACUGGUUUCAUGAGCAAGAUGACCAUCCGUACAGUCAUAACAGGUAGUGGUGGGUAUGUGUGUUGUGAUAUAAGCUAGUACUUAGAAUUGAGUAGUGGAAACAGAUGUAUAAUGUAGAAAUAAAUACGCUUCUUUGCACAUAUACAUUUAUACUAUUAUAAUAAGACUCAGUAUUGAAAAGAAAUAAAUGACUAACACAUUUGAUUCUUUUGUAUCUGAUAUUCUCUCCUUUAGAACACUGUUCUGUACGUAUGCCUUUGGUAAAAUGACUUUUGAAACUGGGUUUGUGAUGCACUACAUACCUUGCAUGUUUUUCAUAGUUUUUUUUGUAUUGAUUUUGGCAAUAGAUACAAUUAUUGUAAGUGUAUUAAAACAUUUAUUUUUAGAACUGUUUCCAAACCAAAAAUUGAAAAUGUAUGUUAACAAUUGUGUGUGUGUGUAUAAACCAUAAAAUACUGAAGUUGUGUUAUUUAAAUUCCUCAAUUGUAACUAAUUUCAAGGAGUAUAGCAUUGCUUCAAAUUCAUUUUAAGCAUUCGCUAAUAAAGCAAUUCGAAAUUUAAA